AUGGAUUCCGAGGAAGAAACAUAUGACGAUGUCGACUCUGGCAAUGAGUCUAGUGGAGAUGAUGUCGAUUUUGCAAUGGAAAUCGAGGCUGGAAACCCGAGAGAAAGGGCCACGGACGUUGACGACUAUCCUUUUGAAGUGUUGUCAACAGAGGAAAUAGUGCAGCAUAUGGUUGAUUCUAUUAAGGAAGUUAAUACAGUUGUAGAAAUACCAGCUACAACUACGCGCAUUUUGUUAAAUCAUUUCAAAUGGGACAAGGAAAAAUUAAUGGAGCGCUUUUAUGAUGGUGAUCAAGAGAAGUUGUUCGCGGAAGCACGAGUUGUGAAUCCAUUUAGGAAAGGUCCAUUAAUAAAUAGAAAUCAAUCUUCUCAAAUGUUUAUGUCACUUCUAAAAACAAAUGUAGAAUUAAGACACGAUAUGUUUAAAACUUUCAGUCCAGAAGAACUUCAACAAAUGGUACGGAAGAAUGUGGGAUUUGUUUUACCGUUCAACCAUCUGCAGUACAUGAUGACUGGACUUGAAUGUGGACAUCGUUUUUGUACUGGCUGCUGGGGGGAAUAUCUCACAACUAAAAUUAUGGAAGAAGGAGUUGGUCAAACUAUUGCAUGUGCGGCCCAUGCUUGUGAUAUUUUAGUUGACGAUGCCAGUGUUAUGCGUCUUGUAAAAGACUCUAAAGUGAAACUGAAAUAUCAACAUUUAAUAACAAAUAGUUUUGUUGAAUGCAAUAGGUUAUUAAGGUGGUGCCCAUCUCCAGAUUGUAAUAAUGCUAUAAAAGUGCAGUAUGUAGAAGCAAGGCCGGUAACUUGUAAAUGUGGACAUACCUUCUGUUUCCAUUGCGGCGAAAAUUGGCAUGAUCCUGUAAAAUGUCAUUUAUUGCGUAAAUGGAUAAAGAAGUGCGAUGAUGACUCCGAAACGUCAAAUUGGAUUGCCGCAAACACAAAAGAAUGUCCGAAAUGUAACGUCACGAUUGAGAAAGAUGGUGGAUGCAAUCAUAUGGUAUGCAAAAAUCAAAAUUGUAAAACUGAUUUCUGUUGGGUGUGUCUCGGGCCGUGGGAACCACACGGUUCCAGUUGGUAUAAUUGUAAUCGUUACGAUGAAGAAGAGGCUAAAGCCGCGAGAGAUGCUCAAGAAAAAUCGCGAUCCGCAUUACAGAGAUAUCUAUUUUACUGUAAUAGAUAUAUAAAUCAUAUGCAAUCAUUAAAAUUCGAAAGUAAAUUGUAUGCAAGUGUAAAAGAGAAAAUGGAGGAGAUGCAACAGCAUAAUAUGUCAUGGAUUGAGGUACAAUUUUUGAAGAAAGCAGUAGACAUUUUGUGUUCCUGUAGACAGACUCUUAUGUAUACUUAUGUUUUUGCUUAUUACGUGCGAAAAAACAACCAAUCUGUGAUUUUUGAAGACAACCAAAAGGAUCUGGAAGGCACUACAGAACGCCUUUCUGAAUACCUUGAACGAGAUAUUACAAGCGAAAAUCUUGCUGAUAUUAAACAAAAAGUUCAAGAUAAAUAUAGGUAAGAUAAAUAUAAGUUCGUCUUUCUUUUUAUUAUUAUUACGAUAACGUAAUAUUAUUGGAUCAAGAAUUAAAUUUUAAAGCACAGAAUUCAUGUAUAUGUAUUAUUUUUAUUUCAAGAUAUUGCGAUAGUCGGAGGAAAGUGCUUUUGGAACAUGUACAUGAAGGUUAUGAAAAAGAUUGGUGGGACUACGUUGAGUAG